AUGUAUGGGAACGUAGGACUUACAACGCCUCGUGGCUCAGGGACAAAUGGCUAUGUAGUUCGUAACCUUUCUUUUGUCAGAACUCAUAAAGAUCCUAUUCACUACGAGUCAUUAGAAGAGGGUAAAAAUAAACCAAGCUCACUUAUUCACAGAAAACCAAAUCAAGAGAUUCUUGAACAUGAAAAAAAACGACAGAUUGAAAUAAAAUGUUUGUCUUUCAGAGAUGAACUUGAAAGUAAAGGUGAGAUUGAUGAAGAUGAGAUAGAUAAAAAAGUCGAGUCGCAUCGUCAAGCUUUGCUUUCUUCAAUUGAUAUUGUUGAAGAUAAUAAAACUUUACAAGAAUAUCAAACUCAUCACCUUACACAAGCAAAAGCUGCUGAAAAUGAAAAAAUCAUGAAGGCUUUGGGGAUAGACUCGGGUACUUAUAUUGAAGGCGCCGCCUUUGAUAAAGAAUUACAAGAACAAAAAAAACUUGAACGUAUUAAACAAAAAGAAUUAGAAAUAGAAGAGCGCAAAAAAAUAAGAGAUGAACGACAAAAAAGACUUGAAAAAAGCGAGCGUGAACGGGACGACAAAAGAAAUCAUGACUAUUCUACACAAUUACGAAGAGAUAAGCAUGAGGAAAGAGAAAAAUUAUGA